GGGCGAUAACAUGUUAUAAGCUAUUUCCUGACGAUUCAUAUCUCAUGUUCCAUUCCGCAAUUCGAGCCGAGGUUUUCAUGGUCGCUGACCAGUAGACAGUUAGACACAAGCACGGACUAUGUACUUAUCGUAGCCAGCAGCUUCAUGAAAACACGCACUGUGCUGUGUAUUUUUCCACAACUCCAGCUUUACAGCUUAUAGCCUAUCUCAACUUUCUGCAUUUCUAAGCUUUUAUGGAAUUAUCAUUUCCUUCAUGUUAGCAUACUGCAAUGCCCGCAGUUAACGAAAAACUUUACACCGGUCUGCUCUCUGUAUUUCACCAAUGGGAUUUUCUCAUUUUGAGAGUACAAGUUCUUCUUUUAUGGGAGAGAGCAUACCUGAGCCUGGCCUUUAAUAUUUUUGUACACAUGCUUUUUUGGGCGGUCGCAUUAACCCACCAGAGUUCACUAUUUAUUCUGUGCGUCUUUUUGUCAGUCUGCGUCUUUGUCGAUCUUUUGCGAAACAAGCUUUCCCGAUUCUGUAUUGAUUCAACCGAAUCUCCUGGAAGCUUUACCAGCUUGGUAAAAGUUGCCUUAAAAGAGGGGCAUAUCCUUUCAGUUGAAGAACUCAGCUUGCGUACAGCCAACAUUUUGUAUUGCGUUAUAUCCUUGGUCAAUGGACUCGCUCCUUGUCGCCGAAGACGGCCGCUUUUGUUUUUCCUAGUCACCAGUGGCAUGAGCAUCGCAUGCAUAUGGGUUGGUGCCUGCCUUCCCGGUCUGGCGAUAUCCUACGCCGUUUUAAACCUUUGUCUUAUCCUACCGGUUAUGCUGCACAAUCACGUGGGAUCUAGACUUUGGAGUACCAUACGGCCUAUACUGCGACGCAUUGAGGAAGAAUUCGAUAAGCACCCGUUGGAGUCGGUGAACGAGCGGAUUGCGGGUGAAGCGGAAUUCUAUCAACCCAUCAUCGCUGCAGCAGCUGCAUCGCAUCCAGAAUUGCUUUCGGAUGAAAAUGAUGAAGGAUUUCUUUCGGAUGAUUUUCUGUUCCCGCCUGCCCGUCGUCGUACAUCGAGUUCAGACGAAUUGGAGACAUCCGAAGCGGCUUUUAUUAGGCAGUUUGCUCCAGAAAUGAGCAACGAGGAAAUUGACCGCCUCUUCUCCGACCUUCUCACAGAUGGAGGCACUCCUUCUGUCACUUCUGCUUCCGUAUCCCGCUUGCCUACUGUUGCUGCUUCUAACCCGAAGCUCAGCACGAUGUUCGACGAGUAUGCGACAGACGAUGACGAGAUUGAGGAGUCUAUGAAUCACACGGAGGUGAGGCAUGUUUGCCCCUAA